AUGGAGCACGCCCUUCACCGCUGGCUAAGCGGACAAGACCCCAAAUACUACAAAGAUGGCAAGCCUUGCCUUGUGAGCAUCGUGGAGGAGGAUGACACCCCCAUUACCACGGACACGUCGUCGAUGCCAGCCAGACCAUGGACGACCAACUUGCACCCAUCCAAGUACAUGGAGAUGCUCAGCACCACUGACGAGGGCAUCAGCAACACCGUCAACAGAUUUCGACAGCAAACCAUGAAGGCCAAGAUACUGCACCAAUCCAGAUUGCGAGCGGUGCAGACCGACUACCCCGAGAUAAUCGGCCAAGGCCGGCUACGCCCAGUUCUACCAGUUGAUCAGAUAGAGAAAGUGCAGCCGCAGUGGUGGAGACGACCGAUUCGACCGGAACUUGUUCACAUGCUGCCUCCGGUUGAACCACACCAUUGGGAACUCCAAGAGGACGGCACACCCGUCAUUCGAUUCUUCCCCAACCGCAUGACCUUCCUCCCGAAGCAGCUGGUGCACAAGUUCCCCUCACUCCAACAAGAACUUCAAAACAGCAUCCUCAUGACCUGGGACCAGUACAAGGACGACGCAUCCACCCACGUCCAGAUGGCACGCUACGCCGACUCCGUCGACAUUCCCCAACCCAAGCCCCUACACCUACGACUACGUGCCCUCCUACACGAAAUUCUAUCAGGAACCGCUGCAGUUCACAUCCUACAGUUCACAGCCAUACAAUUUAGGAUGCUCGUACGCAAAGGCACUUGCCCAGAUUUGGCCACAAUGCCCAACAUCUAUCAGCUCUGGCACUGGGGCUACAUCAAAUUCCGAAGUGUGAACCCGGAACUCUGGAUGUUCACACACAACUUCGCAGAUCCCAGAACUAUGGGCAGGCUGGAGCAGACCUGCACUCAUUUCCACAGAGUCUGGUCAGCACACGUCCUACCCAGCACGGCAGGAUUGGUACCCCUGCUUCCGCCCAUACAAGACCUCUGCGUGGUGCUCCAUAGUACUACGCCACCCUUCCACCAGCCGAUGCUUGCGAAGUACAACACCAUCUCGGGCAUCAUGACCAUGCAGGCGGUCAGCAACAUAGUCUUCCGCAAGGCUCACCAUGACCUACAGCUCCACAGAACAUGGCCCAGCAUCGAUUCCCACACAGAAUGCCUUCAGGGAAUCAACACGUUCCAGAUUCCGGACCACUGGUCAACCAACAUAUGGACCGAUACGCUUCAGAAGCUCACCCACACGACCAGAUGGACGCCACCCUCCACUCCCGACAUCCGCACCAAACUCACCAUCGACCACCUCCACAGCGACACACUGCCCACCAUGGUAUGGACACCGAGAUUCGCCUUACCCCUCACUUCACAACAGAUCCACGCAGUUCAAGUCUCCACCCAAGCAGCACAUGUACUACAUCGACUUUGGGACCCACUCAUCUUCACCUUUGCGGACCCUUGCCACACCAUCGACGGUUUCGACGCCAAGCGGACAAGCCGUCCUGAUUUGAUUGGCAAACUUCACCGACUGAGUCCAGGAGGACAAACGCCAAUGUUAGCAAUCCCGGCCAGCAGCGUGAUGGAGACACAGUUGGACUGGGCCUGGUUCCAAUCCACUACG